UUGUUGCUUGGAAAGAAUGAACAGAUUUUAUUCAUACUGAAAUAUUUUUACGCAUUUGCUUUUCAGGUGUAUACAGAAUUUAUAUAUUUUGUUUUGGCCGCAGAUCGCUAAGCGAAGGUUAUUAAAGAUACGAAGUUUAUUGAUUGCAUCUUUUAUAUAAUAUGUCGCUGUAACGAUUACUGAAUUCUAUUCGGCCGCUAAAAAAGCUGUCGCAAGGUGCAUCGUUAUUAUUUCAUUUCGUAAAACGAGAAUUGGGACGCUGAAGUUAUGAAGUGGUUAAUUCCAUUUUCCCUUGCAUUCUUUGGAGUUGUAUUCUGUGAAGAAGACGUAUGUCUUACUUCAAAAUUUCAACAAUGCCUAAUGCUCCCAAGUUUGUUUGGCCAAGACAGCCAUCCUUGCAAAGUGGCCCGUAUAGUAGUGGAAUGUGUUCAAACUGCAGAAAAAGCAUGUCAAAGAAAGGAGGAUCCAAAUUUAAAGGAAUUCAUUUCUGUUCUCGAGGAUAUCUGUAAAGAAGGUUCGGCAAAUAAUAAAAAGUUCAUCGAGCUUUUUCCUUGUUUCCAAAGAACCAUAGACACAUCUGUGAACUGCGCAGCAUCUCUUUUUAAAGACAUAAAUGACGAAAUGGUCAAAGAUCCAGAAAAGGUGAAAGAAUUUACGAAGGAUGCAUGCAGGAAAUUGGAGAGCAUCGUGACAUGUUUUGAAAAGAAUGUUGAAGAUAUUUGCACGGCAGAUGUCGAAACCUUUUUCCACAAACUAUAUAGUCCCAUACUCAAGAUGGUAAAGAACAUUUGCGAAGAGAUAUUGAAUAGUGACACUUCUAGCUCCCGUGUAAUAUCUUAGCUUGCCAGUAUUAGUUUUAUUAUUCCUUUGGUACGCUUGCAAAUAAAACAUUCCAAUUUUUUUUGUGA